AUGGCUACCUUGUCGACUUUCCCACACACGGCGACACCCUCACAAACCAGCUCACUCUGGGGGAUCAUGGGUGUCAUGCUCCCUCUCCUCGUGCUGCUGGCAUGCUGGAUCUACCUCGUGCGUCGACAGCGACGACUGCGACUGGCAGAGACACAGGCACAGUGCAAGGACUUCCAAACACCCUCUGUGGCACAAAAAGUACUCCUCCACUUCCAGCACUACGAGGAACCCUUCGUGUAUUGGAAAGCCCUGGAAUUCUCCUUGUUCAAGACCUAUGCUAUUCCAACGAUCAGUAAGCUCCUGUCUGCAACGACGCAACUCGUUGAUGAUGCGGCAAAACGCGCAGAAGAUACAAGUGUCUUAUUGACCAUGGCAUCUUACUUCCAACUCAAUUCGGAAGAAGCAACGCUGGCGAUCGCGCGUAUAAACUAUAUCCAUGGUCGUUAUGGGUCCAAGAUCUCUCAGGAUGACUUGCUAUACACGCUCAGUCUAUUUGUGAUUGAGCCAAUGACUUGGUCAAAGCGAUUUGCCGUGCGCUCAAUGCUGCCUGAAGAGCAACAGGCAAGCUUCGUCUUUUGGCGCACGAUCGGAGAGCGUAUGGAGAUUCACUACAUACCCGAGUCGUUGGAGGCACUCAUCGGAUGGUCUGAAGCGUAUGAACGUGAGAAGAUGAAGUAUGCAGACACAAACAAGCAACUCGCUGAAUCGACCAUCAAGGUGUUCCUUGCGCCUGUCCCACGACUGCUGCAUCCAUUCGCACGCCGAAUUAUCUAUGCACUCUUGGCAGAUCGCCUACGUGAUGCUUUUGGAUAUCCACAACAACCGUACUGGGUGCAUCUCCUCAUCAGCCUUGUGUUUGGGUUGCGUACGCUCAUUCUUGCCAACUUGAUCAUGCCGAUUCGUCAUGUCACCGCUCCCAUCGCCAAGACGCCCAAGGGGAAAUUUCAGCAGCACAAUUGGCGAUUCUCACCACACUAUGUAAAACAAUCCCUCUACAAUACGUUGCUUGCUGCACUCUGGGGAUGGAUUCAUGGUGCAAGAUGA